AUGGCCACAAUCAUGACCUCAGCUCUCUUCGCCCUCAUGCCUCUGCCGUUACCCACUUUAGCACAAUCUCCAAUCCCUGCGCUCCAACCGGCAGCUCGGCACCAUCAUCAUUCAGGUCGAAGUACAGCCGCCAAAGCCCCGUCCCGACCUCAGUUGCCGGCAAUCGCACUGCUAGCCAGCCUUUUCACCGUCGGGGUUCACACAUUUCGAGUUCGAGUUGAGUCGAGUCGGCAUCCGAUGUACGGUAGCAGCUCACCCGGGCUGGUAAGCUUCGAUCAUGCUAUAUAUCACCGUUGGAUCCAAGUGAAGGAGUUUCUUGAGGGUGAAGAAUCAGACUCGCCGUCUCAAGCUGAGCGAAAGGCAGGUCACGCGACAGUCUCUCUGCAUCAUCUCACCCUGGAGCUUGACUGUGGAGAACCGACAUCCGUUGCCUGGGAACUUCCCAAAGCCAUCAUUUUCCAUGAACGGUGUGGCUGGGUCUUGGGCUCUACAAGUAGUGGACAUCAAGCCCGGUCUCCCGGGACUACCACUGCGGGAAUAUUCACCGCUCUGCUUGUUGAGAAGCUAGACCUAGAGGCUAGGUCGAUUUGUGAGAAUUGA